AAUAGCUUGGUAACAUCCAGUUAGAAGCCAUUGUAUUAGUAGGGACUGUAGCCGCAUCUUUACAGUUAUAACGUACAGUUACGUGUUAAACCGUUUUUAAUCCGUGAGUGUUAACACCCGAGCAGCGUAAUAAUAGAUUUGAACAGUAAACUAGAGUCUGUUGUCGAGGAAGUAAAGGAAAACAAGAAAUUCACGAAGGUCUAACGACGACUGUAUUUUUCAUCCGGGACGUUAAGAUCGGCGGAGGAAUUCAUCCGACUCCGCAGACAUCGGAAACGGGGGAAAAAAGCUCCGCCUAAUUCCGCACCAAUUGGUUAUUUCCUUCAGAUAUCUUCGUUUUACAGUCCGCGUUUGGGUUUUUCUCUUAGGUCUGUGCGCUUAAUUUAGAUGGCAAGCUUUCCAGACUCUGUCAACGAAAAUGAUAUAGGUAAGGCUAAGUUCAUCGGUGAACUCGUGGUGCCUGUUGCUCCCUUCGACCAGAAGUCUGGGCGGGAGGCUUGGACAGUAGCCUUUGCACCCAAUGGUUCCUACUUUGCUUGGUCUCAGGGGCAUCGCAUCGUCAGGCUCAUUCCCUGGACAAAAUGCCUGAAGGACUUUUCGAUGGGCCAGUGUGGGGAGGGCACCAAUGCCUCAAGCCCCCGGCGUCUGUCCCGGCAGAACAGCGACGGCGGCAAGCUGAUCCCAGCGUCGAGCGAGCCCUGCGAACGCACCAUCGACUGCGGUGACAUCGUUUGGGGCCUGGCCUUCGGGUCCUCUGUGCCGGAGAAGCAGAGUCGCUGCGUCAACAUCGAGUGGCACCGCUUCAAGUUCGGCCAGGACCAGCUGCUACUGGCAACGGGCCUCAAUAACGGUCGCAUCAAGAUCUGGGAUGUUUACACUGGAAAACUGUUGCUGAAUCUGAUGGACCACACUGAUGUGGUGAGAGACUUGACCUUUGCCCCUGACGGCAGCCUCAUGCUGGUCUCUGCAUCCAGAGAUAAGACCCUCCGUGUGUGGGACCUCAAAGAUGAUGGUAACAUGGUGAAGGUUUUGCGGGGGCAUCACAACUGGGUGUACUGCAGUGCCUUCUCCCCCGACUCCUCCAUCUUGUGCUCAGUUGGCGCCGGCAAAGCAGUGUUUCUAUGGAACAUGGAUAAGUACACGUUGAUCCGGAAGCUGGAGGGGCACCACAAUGACGUGGUGUCCUGUGAGUUUUCACCGGAUGGGGCACUGUUGGCCACUGCCUCUUACGACACCAGGGUCAUUGUAUGGGACCACCACAAGGCCACCAUCCUGCUGGAACUGGGACAUCUCUUCCCUCCUCCUUCACCCAUUUUUGCUGGAGGGGCAAAUGACCGCUGGGUUCGCUCUGUGAGCUUCUGCCCUGACGGCCGCCACAUCGCCAGCAUCACUGAUGACAGGCUGGUUCGUUUCUGGAGCAUCGAGGAAAGGGCCCCUCAGGCCAUCGCCCCUCUCUCUAAUGGCCUCUGCUGUGCCUUCUCUGCUGAAGGAAGUGUCCUUGCUGCUGGGACUCGUGAUGGUAGCGUGCACUUCUGGGAGUGUCCUCGUAGCGUUGCCAGUCUGCAGCACAUGAGCAGGAUGGCUCUCCGCCGGGUCAUGACCACCCAGCAGGUAGAGGCUCUGGCCAUUCCAACGCCGCUCCGCGACUACCUGACAUACAAAGUCAUCUAAAAACCACCUCACCUACCCACCCACCACCCCAGCACAGGCUGACCCAGCUGCACAUGCCACAGCAGCAGUAUGCUGAAAAACCAAUGAGUCCCUUAUUUUCUGAAAAGUAUUUUGGAAAACACUUUUUCAUACAACUGUGAUGGAUAAAUGGAUGUGAUUGGGACAGGAGGAAAAGAAUUUUAAAUUUCACUGAAUCCACAGAGACACGUCCACAUCUCAACCCCCCCCCCCCCCCCCCCCCCCCCGACCACCAAAUCCACCUAGAGCAGGAUAUUAUGUUGUAUCAUACAUAUUUAUUUUUGUAAGUGAUUUUGAAUAAAUCGAAUGUGCUGGGGCCGUUGCUCCAUCCAUACCUGUAAGGUUAAAGUACUUCUGGAGCCUCCUGUCCCCCUCCAUCAUAUCAGUGUGGUACCUGUAACUGCUCAGCUCCUCGUCCGGCUGGCUCCCCCUCUCUGAACCAGGUUCAGUAAACGCUUCGUCUUUCCCUCUGACCUGAAACGGCUGUUGCACUUGAUGUAAGAAGCUUUGCAGUGAUGUUAUGUCAGGUUUGCAAGUGGGUGAGCCUAAGGGAAGAGACACGUGGGGUGUGUAACGGACGCAGAGUUUUUGAAGGCCGAUCCUCAGAUCUGUGAACUGCUGAUACUGUGGAUUAUAUAUUAUACUGUGGAAUUUGUACAUUAUUGUCACAACAUCAAAAUCAAGCAGUAACCGUCCUCUCAUAGGUUUUGAAUAUUUGUCUGAAACAGUAUUAACACCAUCAUGGCACUUUUAUGUGGGUAAUCAGUAGUUUUUAUUUCCAAUGUAUCAGCCCUGAAAUGAUCCACACAGUAAAUGACCUUGACUCAUUUCAUUUCUGCUGUUUGGUCACACCAGAAACAUAGUUUCACCACUAACCAUUAAGCACAACAUUACCGAGUACAAUAACCAAAAACAUUUCGCUAUUAAGGUCACAUCAAUACAUCAGUCGACAUUAGCUAGUUGCUAAUGAUAAUGCUAAUGCUAAACUGAGGAAAGUUAGUUUACAAAACUGACUUUAAGUUAGUAAGUUUUGCUUACAGUUAUGUAAGCAAAACUUACAUAACUAAGUUUUGAUAAUGCUACAUGGCUACAUUGCUAACAUUAGCAUUAACAGCGGUUUACUUACCAGUCUAGAAGAAAGGUUAAGAGUUAAACAUCAAACUUCAUUCCUUUACUCACCAACAUCUGUCUCCAGAAGUGGAAAGCUACGCCAAUGUUAACUCUGAAGUUAGCAUGCUAACCAACUAGCGCCGGUCCCUUUCCGAUACCGAGUCACUGUAGCGUCCAGUCUGCCCUGAAGACGUAGCGCUGCUCUGAGGAGGUAUCAUAACUUCUUGUAUUGUAAACUAAACGAAGGCGACCUUCGCCAACAAACUUACAAAUAGCUCCUUUAAUAUGUCACCAUCGUAUAGUUUGUCAACCAGAGGGCUGUAACGUUUAUUUUUCAAAUGCCCCGCCCAGUAUGUUUCUAAGUCACAAUUAAAAAAAUUGUAUCAGAAUUUAUUGGAUUUUUAAAAACUCUCAAAAGUUAUUAAGGCCUCAAAAAUUCUGUAAGGAUCUGGUUCUACGUUAGAUUAUCUGUUUAUUUAAUUUAGUUCACCAGAGAAAGCUGAUAAAAGAUAUCUUCAUUCAUUUUGACUACUGUACUAGUGUUGAUAAUGCACCAACGGAGGCAGUCUCGUGGAUUCACACCGUGUGUUGCGGUGAGAGACACUGAAUUCAAACAUGUUUGUUUACAAGAAAAAUCCACAGCGAAGCUUAAAAUAAUAAAACUGGUUGACGUCAGAGUUUCAGCCGCAGUCCACCCUACAAAUGUCUCAGACCGGCGACAUAAAUGGCAACAGUAUGCUUGAAUUUACUUCUGUGUGUGUGUGUGUGUGUGGGUGUGUGGGUGUGUGGGUGUGUGUGUGUGUGUGGGUGAGAGAGUGCAUGUGCAUGUGCGUGACCUGCCCUGCGAGGCAGUAUAAAGCCUUGAGAUCAGUGUCGUUUGAUGAUUUCACACUAAAGUAAAGCACCUCUGCCGCUUAAACUGCUAUAUAUAGUUGAACUUGUAAAAAGAAAAACCCUGUAUACAAAAUUCCAUGUGAUAUGUAUGUAUAUACAAAAUUGUAUCAUGUCCAUAAACCUAUCAAAGUUUUAAUUUUUUUUUUUUUUCACAUUGUUUUGUCAUUUAUAUUCAGUUUUUCUGUUGAACAUUUGUAUUUUUGUAUGUUGAUAUUUUUGUUCUCCUCUAAAUGUGAAAACUUCUACAUGAUUACACAACGUACUGCUACAGCCCGUGGAGGUGAAUUACAUUUCUGUACAGGUCAGAUUUACACAGUGGCAGCGCCCGGUCACACAGUCUUUUGCUGUAUUUAGAAAAUUUCAGCAACCCUCAAAGUAUUCAUUAGCAACCAGCCAAUGAGCUGCCAGCGAUCGGCGGCCAUGUCCUGUCAAAGACCCUCAUGAUAGAAAUAUAUGCACAUGAUCAUUCACAAUGACUUUUGUUUGUUUUUUUAAGACGAUUGUUUUCAGUUUGUGCGUCGGUGAGAGGAGAUGUGAAGAAGGGAAAGUGAGCACUUAGUUUUGUCCUCUGUGUGUUUCCGUAGGAAGAUGGGUGCAGAGCAGCUGUCAAUCAUUCUUGGCAAUAAGUUCUCUGACAGUCAGUGCUAAUGCCAAAGGUUUUCCUUUUCAGAUCGUGUAUAUAAAUGGUCUGGUUGUUCUCAUCAUGAAUGGUCUGCAGUGAUUAGUUAUCAAUACAGAGCCUUUUUUUUUUUUUUUUUUUUUU